AUGAGUUCCGUGGCUUCUUCCCGAGUAGUGGUGCUUAUCUGGCUGCUGGUGGCAUUGGUGUGCGAGCACGUUUCUUCCGCCAAGCUCGUUCUUUGGAGGGACGGUGAAGAGAGGUAUCGGACCCUCGUUGGUGUGGUUGGCCAUGAGGGUAGCUGCGAGCCGAGCUGUGUGGAGAAUCGCGAUGUUGUGGUUCCUCCCAAUGUGUUCUACAAGGUGAAAGUUGAGGUGGCGCAGGUGGACAUGCAUUCCAAAGAUGAGCAUGUCAACGUGAAGGUAGGAGGACAAAGUGUGACCUGCAGCCCGAAAGUCGCUUCCGACUACAACUGCUCUUUGGUGGAGUGCGGCAACAUCAAUUUUGGCCGGGUGGUCGAUUCUGAAGUCCGCAUUGAGGUGAAGGCAUUCCGCACCCGUGACACUUGCAAGUGCGCGGUCAACACGCGGGGUGAUGUGGACUGCUACAGUGAACUUCUCUCGGGACUUGAUGCGAAGUACGGCGCCUUUGUGCGCCUGACUUUCGAGCCGCAGGCCAGCGCUUCUUGGGUGACGGGUGACUGGGGUGUGUGCGAUCAAGCCGACUGUGUUACACCGGCUGCAACGACCAAUCGAUCUGUGCGAUGCAGGGUUUUUGAUCCAGACGAUGUGGGUGAUGGCGGCGAGCGUUGCGCAGAGCCAGCUCCUGAAUCUGUACGGUCCUGUCAGGAGGCUCCCGAGUGCAUUCCGCCGCAAGCUUGCGAUGACUGCUUUUCAAUUGCACACUUAGCUUUGGACCGACAAGAUGCCGAAAUGAAUUGGAGUGCCAUUGUCAUGUACUCCAAUUCUGAUUCGGUCUUUGUGGAUGACAAUGGGCGGCCACUGCAACUCAGGCUGCGACGCGGGGAAGCAGAGGUAAGCUGUAGCGCCACCUUCAGUGUACUUCCCGCAGACUUGGCGCUGUCGAUGGCUUGCGUUUCACUGGUCAGUUGCAGCACGGGCAAAUACGUGGUGCGGAGGUUCUCUGAGCAUUUCCGAAGCUUCCAGGACCUGAUGCUGUCUGAGGAUGAUGGCACUUUUCAGUUCCGCAUGCAAGCAACUUUCCACCUGAAGCGGGUGGCGGCAGCAGGGUAUGUGCUGGCGGAUCCUUACCACGGAGGCGAACAGAGCCCAGCCUUCGGUGUGGCACAGGGUGUGCCCACCUUGGUUUCAUUGGAUCAGGCCCAGCAGGGCCUUGGCAGCCAAAGCUGCUCCUUGGAUCUCAUGCUGGGCACAACCGAAGAGAUGUGCCGCGCCUCAACGACGCACCUCACGUGUCCAGAUGCAUCAGAAGGAGUAUUCGGUCGUUGCUGUGUGCCUGGCAGCUGUCCCGAAGAUGUAAUUCCGCCACCAUCUCCCUGCACCACGACAGAAGAAUCACCCGGCUUAGCCUUGGUCAUGGCCGGUUUUUGUGAAGAUGUCCGGUGUUCCCCCAUAGAGGGGCGAGAGGAAUGUGAGCGAGCGGCAGCUGCUAUGGGCUUCACAGGCAGUGGUGGUUCGGCUGCGUCUGCAGAAUUGCGUCUCUCCGACAAUCUUCCUCUAUUUUGCGCUUGGGAAUUUGCGACGGCUGACAAUGGAUUCCCCGUCCUGUGGCUGAACAAAAUCCUUGGGCGAGGUGCAGAAGCUACAGAGCGGAUUCCACAACUGUGCCGUUGCGGUGAGCCUCGGCCAAGUCGGAUUUACACGUGGUCGCAAGGCGAUUGGAGCGCCUGCAGCCGAUCUUGUGGACAGCAGAUGAGAUACCGUCGUGUGGUGUGCCACGAGCUGAUUGGGAUUGCCCUGCAUGCAGACAGUGCCGACUUCUCAGGUGCUACAGGAAGCCGUGAGGUUGAACUUCUGUACUGCCGCCAGGCGAACCUGGAGGAGCCUCACUCUUCUGAGCCAUGUUCCACGCAAGUUUGUUGGGCUGUGGAAGAGAACACGCGCUGUGCCGGAGCCAAUCGUUUGCUGAUGACCUCGGAGGUGCACGAGGGCGCGUGGCUGGUUGAGCCUAGCAAUGGCACAGCAGGGCCGCACUGCGUUGCUAUGAAUGCCUCUUCUGUGGCGGCGGUGGCCAGUUCCGUUGUUCCAAAGCUUAUCGGGAUGCCAAUCGACGUGGAUGUUGCCAUGGAUCCAGAGGCAGCUUGGGAAUUGUGCCGCGUGAUGUGCGCACGACUGGGGAACUGCGUUGGAUUCACCUUUUUCACACAUGUCCGCGGUGAUCCCAACAGCGCUCAGUGCUGUUUUUUGCGGCGUGCAUCUCGCUGGCAGCCCAACUUCCGGAGAGCUACUUGCCAUUUGGCGCAAGGAUCGACGACACGGAAUGGUUGCUACUGCCAGGUGGGUUGGGAAAUGGACCCAGGAGACGACAGCAUGAUUUGCGACGGGCAGAGGCGAGGCUGCUGUACAACACCAGACAGUGGAGCCAGAUCCUGGUGUCCAACGACGUCACCAAGCUGUGGUACGCAGCGCAUUCACCAGAAACAUUCAGAUGUUUGUGAUCUUGCUGGUGUGGCGGCAGUUUCGGACCAGACUUGCUCCUUGGUCAAGGUUCUGGCUGGUGCCUCGGCUUUGGGCGCUGGCUUUGCGGCAAAGCAGGCCUCGGCAUGCCUCGGUCCCAGCGAGGGCAAAGAGCAGCGGGAGCAGUCAGGCGAUGCCCGCAGCACCUGCAGCAGGCCGCUCCUCCUGCUUUUCCUCGGGGACUCACUUGUUAGCGGUGUGGGCGGCCAGGCCAGCGGGGAGCCAGUGCCUGCUGCGCUGCCCAGGAACGUCGCGGCACAUUUGGCCCAACAUCUGGGGGAGGUGAGCUGGGCCUCUGUGGGCAUCACCGGUGCAGAUGUCGAGCGCCUCAGCCACGAGGGGCUUCCCAGGCUCCGUGGGCUGGCGGAGGCUGCCGAUGGGGCCGUUUUCGUCAUCCUCGUGGUUGGUGUCAACGACUUGCGCCGGCUCAGGCUCGGCUAUCGGCUGCGCCUACGCCGGCUCGUGCAAGAUGCCUUCAGCCGCUUGCAGAAUGUCGAGGGCAUCUUCCUGCCCGCCGUGGCUGUCUGCGAUGCUCCCAUGCUCCAGGUUUAUCCGCUGAAGCUCUUCCUGACACCUCUUUGCUUGCUAUGGGAGCGCGAGAAGCGCAAGGCCAUCGCUUGGUGUCGCGGCGCACAGGUGCUGCCCUUCCCGGAUCCGCCCAGUGACAUCGCAGCUGAGGCCUUCUUCUCCAAAGACCUGAUGCACCCGAGUGCCUUCGGCUACGAGUGGUGGGGCAAAGCCCUGGCAGAGCAGAUCAAGGGCCGGCUCGAAGCUUCAGCAGGGACGUCAGAAAAGCAAUUCGACGAGGCGCAUGCUGUAGACGGUGCAGAGGCGCGCAGGGGUGCGCGCGGAGGCACUCACCAGGCAUCAGAGCGGCUUCGCAUGGACAUGCCCUCGGGUUGCGUGUGGCAGAAAUCCACAUCCCAGCUUUGGCUGAACCAGCUGGUCGAUGCAGUCAAUGCAUCAGAUCCAAGCCACAAAGUGUCAAUGAUGGCUUCGCAGGAAAUGGCUGAGCUCUGCUCUUGCCCGCCAUCUGAAGAGCUGCGGUGGGAGGUCGGGGAAUGGGGUCCGUGCCAUACGGUCCACUACGGAGACUGCUACGGCGCGAGACACAGGGAACGUUCAGUUUUCUGCGUCCGGGCCAAUGCGCACGAGACUUCCCGCCGCGAGGUUGUUGCAGACUCACUGUGCCUGCGUGCACGGCCAGAUGCGCAAGAAGAGUGCAAUGGCUGCGGCCGCCGAGUGCUGAAGGCAACUGCUGAGUUCAACCUGGACCAUCCAGUACCUGGCCUUCAGGAGCCAGCCUUCGAACGCGACUGCCAUGAGCAGCUGGCUGACGCUGCCGGCCUCGCUACUUCCAAGAUGAGCAUUGGAAAAGUCGAGUGCUGCAAUACAGCAUCUUUGCGAGCAGAGCUGCUGGUGUCGGACGGUUUGGGCGACUCGAGCGGAACCGCCGCUCUGGACCAUCUGAUCCACAUCUCACGCUCUGCAGCAGCUCGCAACCAGGUCUCGUGGACAACAGGCUUUGGCACUUUGAUGCAGUUUUUCUCCUUGCAAAUACUCGGAAGCUUCGCGUGGGAUAUCAGUGAUGCAUGGGCCCCGUGCAGCCAGAAGUGUGGUGGCGGUGUCCAGUCGCGAGAUGUUUGGUGCUCUUGGACCGACUUCGAGAUGGAGAAGAGGGUAGUGGAAGACUUGCACUGUGACGCGGCGUCGCGGCCGGCGCAGCAGCGAUCGUGUGGGGAGCGAGCAUGCCAGAGCUGCCCUCCCUUCCACAUGGGCCCUCAGUACGUCGUGUCGGGAGGAAAGCAGGAGAUGGACCACGCCAAUAAAGUCUACGUCACCUGCGCGGCGGGCUAUGGAACCGUCGAUGAUGUGCGGCUUGUCGAGUCCGAGUGCCAGGAUGGCCAGUGGUCUCCACUGGCGGUGUCUUGUGGUCGCAGCUGCCCUGCCUUCGUGGCAGCAUCCUGGAAGUAUGAAGUCCAUGGUACUGGAUUUCAGCAUGGAUCUACACGGCAGAUCACGUGCAAGCGUAGCGAGAGUGACGAUAUGGACUCUGUGGAAGCACCAUCUUCCGCAUCAGUCAUCUGCCAGGACGGGGCAUGGACCACUCCUUGGUUGGUGUGCACCGGAGAUUGCGUGACUCCAGAGCUCACCAGUGCAUACGCGGUCAAUGGCAGCAGCGAGGGUGACAACAUUGCCCAGAAGGGUUCAGUGUGGCACAUCAGCUGCGCGGCAGGAUACGCGUCAUCGGGCCAACCACAGCAUCCAGUGCAACUACAAUGUGCAGAAGGCAGCUGGAGCGGACUCGAAGACAUUCCAGACUGCAAAGCAGACUGCCCUCGCUACAAGCUGUCCGAGGGCUACGAGGUAGUCGGUGAAGCAGAUGCCCAGUACGUUGCAGAAUCGAUCUUGGAGGACACGGAGACAUUGAGCAGCUUUGCGCUGGAUGAUGUCCGGCGCAUGCAGAGCAACAUCACGGGGGUGCCGCACAGUACAUAUAUUGGCAUCCGCUGUGUGGACGGCUACGGUCGCGUCCCGGGGGCUGUGGAGCGGGUCGAGUGCAAUGAUGGACAGUGGAGUCCCUUGUCCUUGUACUGUGCAAAGGAUUGCAAGCCGUUCAAUGCCACAAUUCUGGAGCAAUCGCGCUUCCGGGUGAUUCGGGACAUGUCUCAACCGAAUGGUGAGUCUUUGGAGCCGUCUGCUCCAUCGACGGCUGCAGACGCCCCACACGGAAGCAAGGUGAUCAUUGGUUGCAAGCUGGAACAUGGGGAAGGCGAAGAUAGUGAGCGAGCGAUGAAACGUGGUGCUGUCACCUGUGCGAAUGGCCGCUGGAUUCCCUCUGAUCUGCGCUGCUUCAGCGACUGUGAGGCCUUCGUCCCAGGGCCGGAGUAUUCUGUUUUGAUACCUGGAGCCCUGGCGUCGCAGCGGAACCGUAGCGUUCCCCAUGGAACGCAAUUGCUGGCAACCUGUGCGAGAGGCUUCUCAGCUUUGCCGCCCAUUGGAUUCAACAGAUCCGCUGCCAGCUUCCGAGGUGCGUCCGCCCUGAUCGAAGAAUCUGAGUGUGUCGACGGGACAUGGACAUCCUUGAUGCUGCGCUGUUUUCCGGACUGCCCUUCUUGGCCCAUGCACCAGCACUUGAUCGUCGACAGUGGUGGAGGCUUGCGAGUUGGCUCGAUCUUGCGACUAGCUUGUGCACGCCGUAGCGACCCAGAUGUGACGAUACGGUGUGGCACUGUUGGAUCCUGGGAGCUGCUGGAAGAGUAUGAGUUUUUAGAUGACGACACUGUGAAGUUCCAAGUUGGACAGAUGCUGGACAAAGAGAACUUUACUUCCGUGUGCCCGUACUCGACCAUUUCCGUAAAGGAUGACUUGAUCAACAUGCCCUUUUGGUCUAAGCUCUCGGAUGAUGAGAGGGCGAUGUUUAUGAUCCUUGCGCUGGGUUGCUUCGGCUCGCUGACCGGCCUCGCUUGCACCUACUUCCUUUCUCCGUACGUUUCCAACCAGCCGGAAGAGGAAUCGGAAGACGAAAUCGUCGAUGUCGAGCCAAUGAACGGUGACGAUGAGAAUCCCAGCCUGCGCCGCUUCAAUCUGCUCACUGGAGAGGUGGAAACCAGUGAGCGUCACGGUCGCGCAGGUGCGCGUCGGCAGCGCCAGCGCCGCCGCAAAGGUGCUGCUUCACGUCUGGCCAGUGCAGUGGAGCGAAGGGCCAGCAGACUAGCCAGCUGGCUUCAAGAACAAAGUCCACCUGCGACGGGCUGCAGCAACUGCGACCAGUUUGCGACUCACAUCUGCUUCCCCUGCAGUCACCUUUGCCUCUGCUUGGCGUGUGCUGAAGAUCUGGUGCGCAGCACCGGGCGUGGCUUCCAGGAGGUGUUACCAGAAGAGACUCCGGCUGGGCGGCCAUGUUGCCCUGUUUGUGGGCAGUUCGUCUUCUGCGUCAUCGAUGCCAAGCCUGCGAAGGUUUUCGAGGUGCCUGGGCCUCUCGACAUGGCUGUGACCGCCGCGGCCGCAGCUGCUUCGUCUCUUCGGAAAACGGCUGCCACUGCUGCAAAAGGUGCCGCUGAUGCAGCUUCACGACAUGCCGCUGCCGUCUCGCCAACGAUGAUGGGAAGGUCUGAUGAUGCACGUGGACCCCAUGCAAUGAAUCAGCAGUAG